UCGGUGCGGCGCGGCUGUCGCAACAGGAGCAGAGGCGGCGGCUCCCGUGAUAUAACUGUCUUUUUAUCAGGAGGUGGCCGCUCCAGUCGUGUUGCUCUACAGCGGCCGAGUCCACCCAAAGCUUCGGCGCCGCUGAUACGACGGAUGGCCGGCAAGCGCCGACGCUGAUGCCAGCUCUGUUAUGUUGAAGUGGGGCAUGUCCCGCAGUGAACAGUUCAGCAAUUGCCGGACGUUUCAUUCUCACCUCUAGUGCAACGGAUUCGGCGCGAUGCCGGAAGUCGGGUGAAAGCCCGCAUGGCCGCCAGCUCGCUGCCGCCAUGUCCACGAGGAGUCGAAGCAGCAGCCUCAGUAAGAGCAGGCUGUGGACGGUGCCCGAGACGGCGCUGCCCAUGGAGUCCCAACACCAGCAGGACAAACUGUCCUCGGAUGAGCACCAGCAGCGGUCGCGCGACCUGCGCAAACAGUACUCGGCCGGGCCGGACCCCGCGUCCGAGCCUGACGAGCAGGAGGUGGACGACAGCGACGGCGGCUACGGCUGGGUCGUCGUCUUCGCAGCGUUCGCCACCAACUUCAUAGCGGACGGCGUCACCUUCACGUUCGGCGUGCUCUUCGUGGACCUGCUGCGCGUCUUCGGCGAGGCCAAGAGCCACACGGCGAGCGUGGGCGGCCUCUUCAUGGCCAUGCCGUUGCUCGCCGGACCCGUGGCCAGCGCGCUCGCCGAGCGCUACGGCUGCAGGGUCGUGUGCAUGGUGGGCGCGGUGGUGGCGGCGGCGGGCAUGUCGGCGUCGGCGUGGGCGCACUCGCUGGCGCAGCUGCUGGUGUCGUUCGGCGUGGUCGCGGGCGCGGGGCUGGCGCUGUGCUACGUGGCGGCCGUGGUGACGGUGGCGCUGCACUUCCGGCGGCGGCGCGCGCUCGCCACGGGGCUCGCCGUCUGCGGCUCGGGCAUGGGCACGCUCGCCUUCGCGCCGCUGUCGGCGCGCCUGCUCGAGUCCCUCGGCUGGCGGCCCACUGCGCUCACGCUUGCCGCCCUCUUCCUGCACAUCGCCGUCUGCGGCGCGCUCAUGCGCCCACCUCAGCGCAAGAAGAAAAAUGUUCAGUCUAAGAAGACUAAGUUGAAAGGCGAGUCGGUGCAAAAUAAACCAGAAACAAAAGAACUUUUAUCAGGUCUUCGUGAGACUUCUACCAAGCAGUCAGUACAACGUGCCAUUAAUCCUGCUGUGAGAGCAGUGACAAGGAGUGAAAAUGAGAAUAGGCCAUUCCAUUCUGUCCUCAACAUUCCAACAUGGGUUCAUGCAGGUGACCAACACCUGCCACCAGAUGUGGCAGCUAGGGCCAAGCAAAGGGAACCACUUUCUCCACCUCCACCACGGGGUAUAGAUCGCCAUCGGCAUUCGCUGACAUUUCGGGGUGCUCUUCUCCCUACACAAACUCAAAGGACACUGUCAUGUCCUAACCUGUGGUCAGAGCCAAUUUUUUUGGAGUAUAAGGAGCAAGAACAACCAUGCUUGAGUGAAAUGGUUGGGAUCCUUGCAGGCAUGGUAGAUGUUUCCCACUUUGCAGAUGCACGUUUCUCAUUGUUUGCAGCAUCCAACUUCUUGCUGUAUACUUGGUAUGAAGUUCCAUAUGUCUUCCUCACAGACCGGGCAGUGGAAAUGGGUAUCAGUGAAAAUGAUGCAUCACUGCUUAUCAGUGCGCUGGGACUGCUGAAUAUGGUUGGAAUGGUGAUACUUGGGUGGAUGGGUGACAGACCUAAAGUGAAUGCUGUUGCUGUCUAUGCAGUAUGCAUGACUGUAUGUGGUUUGUGCACUGCUGUUGUGCCACUAGUGCAUACAUACAUAGGUUUGAUGAUCAUUGCAUGCAUAUUUGGUCUCUCAAUCUCUGCAAAUUACACACUUGCAUCAAUUAUUUUGGUGGAAAUGGUAUCACUAGAAAGAUUCACAAAUGGCUAUGGCCUUCUAUUGCUUGUACAAGGUCUUGGGAAUAUAAUUGGGCCACCUCUAGCAGGUUGGCUUUAUGAUAUUUCUGGAAGUUACGAUCUGUCAUUUUAUUUAGCGGGAUUAUUUAUAAUUUUAUCUGGUCUCCUACUUUUUGUGCUGCCUGUGUGUAGAUGGUGCAAAAAAUUGAAGAGUUUGAAGAAUGUCAGUGGAAAUGAAACAAUAACCUAAGCAGUGUGAUGUUAGUGCUUAGUUAUUUGCUAGUCACCAGCUUUUGAAAAUACCAAGGACAAUUGACAUUGCUGAAACUAGUUUUAGAGUGCCUUGUAUAAUGUUUAAUAUUAUACAAAAAUUAAUAACUUAUGGAGUCAUAUUAGUUGCUACUUGUUAUUGUAAAAGUCAUAAUUUUACUCUGUAAAAUUGAGAUUUAAAUAAUUGUUAAAUAUAUGCUCAUAUUUACUGAA